AUGGACGAGAAAUCACCAUGCUUAACUUUACCUGACAUAAUCCCUUAUUUGCAUAAGAAAGUUAAAUUGCAAUUGAUCGAUGGUAGCUCGAGAACUGGAUGUGUUUAUACCAUUGACCCAGAAUCACUUAGUAUCAUACUAUUCGAUAAUCUACUCGAUCAGCAGCAACAGAUCAAGUUGAUUAUGGGCCAUGCCAUUGUCAAUAUAACAUUGCUUGAUGAUCAAGAUUAUGCUCCAUUAGCUAACCAGUUACAACAGAUAUUAACAAUAAAGGAUCAAGAGGUGGAUAAAUACGAUCAUCAAACCGUUAAACAACGAAAAAAUCGAUUAGUAGAUUGGUUAGGUCAGAGUCGAAUACCCUUCCAAUUGGAUGGAGAUGGUGUAUGUAUUGUCGGAAUUGUAAUGGUUAAUCCACCUUUCGACAGGGAUUCAUGCAGCAGUAGCAACGAAAUUGCAUUACGUCGAGUACAAAAUAUAAUCCAAAAUUUUCUCGAUAGUGAAGAGAAAAUGGAAUCAGGAUAA